UGUCCAUACCUCUGAACAUGACCAGCCUGAACAGCACCGCCCUGGUCAUCGGCCGACCCCCCACCAUCCCAGCCGUCAUGUUCAUCUUCGGGGUGGUGGGUAACCUGAUCGCCAUCGUGGUCCUGUGCAAGUCCCGCAAGGAGCAGAAGGAGACAACUUUCUACACGCUGGUCUGCGGGCUGGCACUCACCGACCUGCUGGGCACCUGCCUGGUGAGUCCGGUCACCAUCGCCACCUACCUGCAGAAUAAGUGGCCGGGCGGGGACGCUCUGUGCGAAUACAGCUCGUUCAUUCUGCUCUUCUUCGGGCUGUCCGGUCUCAGCAUCAUCUGCGCAAUGUCCAUUGAGCGCUACCUGGCCAUCAACCAUGCCUACUUCUACAACCACUACGUGGACAAGAAGCUGGCCGGACUCACCCUGUGUGCCAUCUACGUCUGCAAUGUCCUCUUCUGUGCCUUGCCAAGCAUGGGGCUGGGGAAGAGCACCAAGCAGUACCCAUGGACCUGGUGCUUCUUGGACUGGAGGACAAACGUGUCCACCCAUGCCGCCUACUCCUACAUGUACGCCGGCUUCAGCUCCUUCCUCAUCCUGGUCACCGUGGUGUGCAACGUGCUGGUUUGUGUGGCCCUCAUCCGCAUGCACCGACAGUUCGUGCGCCGCACCUCCCUGGGCACCGACACCCGAAUCUCCGACUUCAGGCGGCGGAGGAGCUUCCGCAGGAUCGCCGGUGCUGAAAUCCAGAUGGUCAUCGUGCUCAUCGGAACCUCCUUGGUCGUUCUCAUCUGCUCCAUCCCUCUAGUGGUCCGAAUUUUCAUCAACCAGCUGUACCAGCCACCCAUAGAGAAGGAUAUAUCCAGCAAUUUAGAUCUGAAGGCCAUCCGGAUUGCCUCUGUGAACCCCAUCUUGGAUCCGUGGAUCUAUAUCCUCCUUCGGAAGACUGUCUUAAGCAAAGUGAUCGAGAGAAUCAAGUGUCUGUUUUGUAGGAUUGGCGGUGGCAGACGACCACGCUCUGCGGGAAGUUUCAAUUGCACAGACGGCAGGAGGGCCUCUUCGGCCUUAUCUAGCCAUUCUCCUUCCUUUGUUUCCAGGGAGUUGCGAGAAGUUAGUUCAACAUCACAGACUUUACUGUACCCUCUCGAACUGAGUGAUGGUAGCUUCAGAAGCAGCACUGUUUUACCAGGAGCCACCAUGGCCAUCAAUCUUCCUGGGGCUCCAGACAGGACGUUACGUGGCUCUGACCAGUCAGUUUCAUCUCAGGGUCCAGAUUCUGAGCAGGUACUGCUUGUAAAUGAGACUUGCCCCACAAGAGUCACUCAGAAUGGCAACUCACCCAAGGGAAAUUCGCUUCACGUCACUUUUCCAGAUGAAACAUUUGUAUCAGAAAAGUGUAUAUAGUGACUUUGGGUCCUGCAGUUGCACAAUCAGCUCUUAGUAAAUGUACUAUUGGCUGACAGUAUGAACACAAUAUGCCCCUUCUUACAAGGACAUAGUCAUGUUGCAAGAACUCCAAGCCUUCUUUAAGUGGUACUCUAGAUUGAACCUUUCUGAAGGCUGUUAAAAGACUGGAGAGCAUACAAUGGAAGAAAAGUGUGUAGCUAAUUGAAAACAUCAUUUCUGUGUGUUCUUACUUUCCUAAUAUUUUUCUACCUUCUACUGGCACUUUUGAAGACUGAAUGGGUCAACUUUCAUUGGAAGUUGCCUACUUUUUGAGGGACAGAAGAGCAAGUGUCUUAUGACUCCCCCCUUUCACCACAAACACUUUUUCCUUGACAAAUCAAGUUUGUCCGACAGAUGAUGAAUGUCAACAUGUCUAGCUAAGCUUUAAAUAAUGUGAAUUUUAAUGGAUGACUAUAUGUGUGUGUAUAUGGGAUCAUUAGUGUAUUUAUUGUCUUCUCUGUGAGAAGGUAUCUUGUUUUAAUUGUCUAGUAAAAGAGGUAAUAUCUUCCUUUUUUUGAAAAUAUUGCCAGGGAGCUUUUAUUUUAAUGUUGUAAUACAAUUUUGCACUAAAUUGACACUUAUGGCAUAUGCAUUGACAGUUAUGGCCAGUUAAGGAGUUUGUGCAGGUCAACACUGAAAAAGGGAUUUCAAAUAUUCUUUCUGUAGGCACUAGGAGUAAAGAUGGUGGAAAAUAAAGGCCAUCUGUAGCCUUUUGACAUGAAUGGUGUACAUUUUGUUUUACAGGAAUGCUAUAAUAAAACUA